AUGGAGCGGCGGCGCGCGCCCCCCGCCCCCCCCCGGUACGGGCGGCGCCGGUUCUGGGACGAGCUGUACCGGCGGGAGGGCGCCGAGACCCGCGAGUGGCUGGGGGGGCUCUCCCGGUUUCUCCCGCAGCUGGAGCCCGAGCUGCGCCCCGGUGACCGCAUCCUCGUCCUCGGCUGUGGCAACAGCGCCCUGAGCCAUGACCUGUACGAGCUGGGCUACACCGACGUCACCAGCAUCGACUUCUCGGCCGCCUGCAUCGCGGCCAUGCGCGCCCGCUACGCCCGCUGCCCCGGCCUGCGCUGGGCCGUCAUGGACAUCCGCGCCCUCACCUUCCCUGACGCCUCCUUCGACGUGGUGCUGGAGAAGGGCACCCUCGACGUGCUCAUGGUGGAGGAAACUGACCCCUGGCACGUCUCGCCCCAGGCAGCCGCUGCGAUGCGCCGGGUGCUGGCAGAGGUGAGCCGGGUGCUGCGCCCAGGGGGCUGCUUCAUCUCCAUCACAUUCGCCCAGCCCCACUUCCGCAAGCCCCACUAUGCCCAGGAGGCCUUUGGCUGGUCCCUGCGCCACGCUGCCUGCAGGGACGGGGACGCCGGUGCCUUCCACUACUUCCUGUACGUCAUGCGCAAGGGGCAGCCCCUGGAACCCCAGGACGUGGUGUUGGGGCGCCGCCUGCACCAGCCCACCCCGGCCCCCGCCCCGCCGCCGCCCCCCGCCCCCCCGGAUGACGACGAGGACUAUCUCCUCGCCAUCCAGCUGUGACCCGGGGGCUUGCCUGCCUGCCCCCACCCAGUAAAGCCUUAAGAUGCUCUAUCCUCACACGUGGGAGGCAGGGAACCAGUGCAUCCCCCUGCAAGCUGCCCAGUGGUGUGGGUGAUGGAAGGAAAGAGGGGGGUGCUUGGCCUCCUCCAGGGGCACAGGGAUGCUCUGGUGAUUCUGUGCCCCCUCCCUGGCCUUUCCUUGCUGAGCUGGAGAGCAGCCAGGACUCCAGGCUUUGCAGCCAGUAAAGAAAUCAAAUCAGGUUUAAUUUCACCCAUCCAUCUUGCAGGGAGUGGCUCCCUGUCCCCCAUCCCUUCCCCCUUGGCAUGGACAGCCAGGCUGAGGGCAGAAUGGGGAUGCUGGCACUGGCUAUGGGGGGCAGGAUUGGAGGUGCCCACUGGUCCACUCCCCACUCCCCCCCCCCCCACUCCAUCCUGCACCAGGACCUGGCCCUGGGGGUGUGUAAGGGCACCUUGUCCUUGUCACCCCCCAAGUAGCGGGGGGGUCCAGGCUGGAAUGUGCCAGCAUGGGGCAGGCGGUACCACAGGGCAGGAAGGGCAGCAUAUCUGCUUCUUUCCCCAUCCAUCCCCACUCCUGCUUGUGGUGACAGUCCUGGUGUGCUGCACACGCCUGGCCCGUGUCACCCUGUGCCUGGGGCCAGCAGCAUGGUGACACAUGUGUGCCAGGGUGGGUGACGGCUGGGCCACCGCAUGCUGGCGGGACUGGCUGCGUGUGUCUGCUAGUGUGGCAGGUGCAUGGGUGCCACUGGCAGUGUCCCCAGAGGCUCUUUGGGCACCAACUCCCCCUGGGGUAGGCAAAAGGGACCCCCUCCUGGGUGGUGACAGCACAGAGGCAUGAGCUGCUGGGCUGCUAUUUCGGGCAGAAGGC